AUGCAACAUGUUUGCUUGGUGCAUGACCUGAUUGAUGAGGCUAAUCGAACAUGGAAAUCUGAACUACUUAGACAGAUUUUCCAUGCUGAAGAUGCUACUGCUGUCCUUGCCAUUCCUUUGAGCCUAUUUCCCAUGAGUGAUCAGCUGAGGUGGGGAGGCACUCGCAAUGGGGGUCUUGCGACAGGAGUCAAUCUCGUUAAGCGCAAUGUUCAAGUGGAUCCUAUAUGUGCUAGGUGUGGCAAAGAUAGAGAAACUGUGGACCACAUCCUAUUGGAUUGUGACUUUGCUCGAGCCACAUGUUGGGGAAGGAGCAUAAAAAGGAGCUUGAAGGUCUUGCAGCUUCCAUAUACAAAUUGGCAACUUUGGAUAGCCCGCAAUGAGUUAAUUUUUAAUGGCACUGUGUCUUCUCCAAUGGAGGUUAACAGAAAAGCUGAAGUUCAGUUUGGUGCUUUCGAGCAGGCUCAAAGAAAGUCUAAAACUCCUUCAGGUGGGCCAGCUAAUAGUCUCAGUUCUAAUCGCAUAGUGUCUUGGGCUCCUCCCACAAUGGGUACGACCCUUCUGAAUACUGAUGCGGCGUUCAAAGAUGGCAAAAGAGGUCUCGGUUAUGUGUUGAGGAGUUACAUAGGAUUGCCACUUACUACUACCUCAGAACUUGCACACUUCUCCUCAGUUCUCCAAGGAGAGUGUCUUGCCAUUCGUAGCGGUCUGCUGCAGUGUAUUGCUGAGUGCUUGGAGUGUCUUAUGGUGGAAUCCGAUAGUCUGGAAGCUAUUAAACUCAUCACCACCAAAGAAACUCCUCCUGAUAUCCAACCUAUUAUUUCGAAUAUCAAAUUUCUAAUCACACAUUAG